AUGCCCCGAACAGACGAAGCAGAAUGGUGGUUCAACGCCGUGUACGAAGCGGUCCGCGAGAUCCCGCCCGGAUGCGUGACUUCCUACGGACACAUCGCGCUCUUACUUGGGUACCCAAAACGACCGCGACAAGUCGGCGUGUGUUUGAAACAUCUCCCCGCCGAGGAAGGGGAGGAUUUCUUCCACUCGGGGAAUGUACCGUGGCAGAGGGUGGUGAAUUCCAAGGGGAUGGUUUCGCAUCGUGGUCCGGGGAGCGCAGAGCGUCAGGCCGAGGCGUUGAGAGCGGAAGGCGUUGAGGUGCAGAGUGACAGUAUGGGGGAGUUUUAUGUGGACGUUGCGCGAUAUGGCUGGUUUCCGGAUCGGCUACCGAGUGAGGUUUUAGAGGAAGACGCGGAAGAAGAAGAAGAAGUGUAAGAUUGGCUAUUACCGAGUCUAGGCAAAUAUUUAAAUGGUAUGAUUGCACUCUUUAACGAGAGUUGGUUAAUUGAAUCAUCCUAUCUCCAGAGGCCGCACCAUCCGUACGUUAAUUGAUCGUAACAUAAGAGAGAACGAACUCGAUAAUGGAGAAUAACAGGCAUCAACAUCGGUGUCAUACAUCGGGUUUCUGAGAUGGCGAGCCCUGAGGGACGUCUAAGGUAGCC